AUGAGCACGCUAAGCAUAAACCAAUUCUUACGUCCCAUCCAUGUUAGACAUUACCUUGCUUAUUUGACUAAUUCAUUAGUUUCAAUUGCUUCAUUUAUUCAUCAAGGUGAACCUGAGGAUAUUAUAGACAAAGAAGGUAAAUUUUUUGAUUUACUUAAAUUUUAUCUGAUACAAUUGUAUAAGCGUACUAAUUCAAACGAGCUACUUUUGUGCAAUCCAUUUUCUGCCUAAAUAAAUAUCUUCUUUUCAAACGUAUUUCCUUUAGAUGUUCCUAAAGACGGUCUAGAAGUUACAGGUGUUUUGAACAUUUUAUUUUCAAAUCAACUUAUUUGUCUUGUGCGUCCAUUCACGUGAUCAAUAUUAAAUGAUUCGAAGCUAACAAGAUCAGUGAGUGAACUGUUACGUUGUAAAGAUCUUUGACAUCGAAGGGUACUGUGCGAAUGUUCCAUGCGAUCAUUUAAGCCCAUACAAGCGCUGCGUUAGGAUACCUUACAUUCAAACUUGCGCUAUGAAUAUAUAUGAACAACGACAAGAAAUUAAAGUCUUUUUUUUUCGGAAUUCUGUGAAUUUGUUUUACAGAAAAUGUAAAUUAAAAUGAACAAACAUCGUUUAAAUAAAAUGACAAUUGUUAGACCACGUACUGAGACUUUUAUUUUCUGUAAAUUUUAGAUUUACUUGAAUUAAUAAUUCAUACUAAACUAUGGAAACUUUUAGUUUUUGAACUUGGCAUAAUGAUUGUUAAGCUCUAUGGAAGAUUAGCUAAAUAGUGCUAUAUAAAUUAUUUAUUAUUAUUAUUAUUAUUAUUUUUAUUAUUAAAAAUGUUAAUGAUGAGGAAAAUUUACGAUUUACUAUACUUGUACUAAGCUCACUUAAUUGAAGUAAAUUUAAGCUUGGGUGGCCUUAUCACGAUUGACGCCCGUUGAAGAUUUAUUCUCAUUAAAAUUGACCUUUCACAAAGGAAUGAGAUUUGGAAUAAUUCUGUAGAAUACUUCAUGGGAGGUGCGAACAUGCGGUAUUCACGCAAAAUAAUAUAAACAAAAACAAAAAGGUACGCUAAUUAUAUGAAAUGGCCGGUUUGAAUGUUUGUUAUCGAUCUGUUUGUUUGUUGGUUUUUGCGUUAUUUUUUUCGCCGUCUGCUGUUGUUUUAUAGGCUCUAGAAAGUUUCUUUUUUUUUUCAGUGGCAGUAAAUUAUACGCGGCUAUUCUAUUCCCAAUUCCGAUCUGUUGCUCAAUUUCUGCGAGAACAAAAUCUACUUGAUCGCCUUAACAAAAAUUCUUGCUGAAUCACAUAUUAAAAACAUCGUUCGGUUCUCUGAUUGGCUAGAACUCAUAUGCAUACGAAAAUUUGCGACAUUUUUUUCCGGUGAGUGUAUCUUAGUAUGUGUAUUAUGAAUAUACGUAAGAAACUGUUCAGUAGCCUUUUUAGUACAAACCCCCCUCAAAAAUUAUUAUUUUGGAAGUCUCAAUGCAUCCGAGUUAGGACAACUCUACGUACAAUAUACUGCUUUGUCUUAAAUGUCUUGAAUCCCCCCCCCCCCCCUUUCUUUUUUUUUUCUUAAUUUCUUUAAUUUCAUUUCCCUUUUUGUUAUUCUUAGAUUAUGAAGCUGACAACGUUAACGAACCUAAAGCGCUAGCACUGUUUGAUGAUUCAGAAGAAGAUGGUAAGGGCAACUGAUAUCGUUCGUAUUUUGCCAGUUAAUAGUGAGAUAGAGAACUACAAGGGGUACUACUACGAUCACGGGUUAUUUGUGAUUUGGGUCUCCAUUGGCCAGUUUACAGUAUGAAAUUUAAACUGUUUGCGCGGGUCACAAUGCUAGCGCAAGACUUCGUCUCAUUCAGAAUGACGCAAUAAAGGGUGCUACGAUUCUUAAUUCUAAUAACCUUGCGCGAUUUUUUCAAAUAUUGGCGAAUUUCCCUCAAAUAACGUGAAACUAGGAAUUUUUUCGUCGCAAGCUUAGUAACGGCAAAGAGAUGUACAAAUAUUGUGUUGAAAAGGGUUAGGCCUAAAGGCCUUGGCAGCACACCUCUAUCCAAACUUUCUUUCAGGGUCCUUAGUGGGCUAACCUGACACGGGAAUGAUCCUAUGAUACACUAUAAUAAGAAUCGCAGCUAUAGGAAUCCAGGGUCGAAAUAAGACCAUCGGCAUUGGACGUUGUAAAGCCCUUGAGAUAAGGAUUUGAAGAAGGGGAGACAGUGUUUCUGUGACGAAAGUAAAGGGAUUGAAGCCUAUUUGUGGCCAUUUUAUGGUUUUUUAAUGUUGGUACCGGGUUUUGCUCAGUAUAAUUUAUUACAUUAAUUUUCACCAUUGAAAGAACUAAACCACACCUUUAGCCGGAGCCAUAAAUCAUCAUUUUGGGUGGUUUAAAGGCAAAAAGCAACAAGGGGGUGUGAAAUUUUUAGAAUAUUAUCUUUCAAAACCGUUCUCGAAGAUUUUUUUUUUCAAACCUUGCCAAGCUCAAGGCUCACAACAGUCUAAACUAGUAGAGCAGUCAAUGAUUCAACAGAUUAUUACUAGAACAUGAUUUUGAGACAAUUCCCAAUUUGAAAAUUCUAUGACAUCGAUAUUCUGUUGUUGUUCAAGCGGUGAUGUCAACUAACAACAACAACACACAAAUUAAAAUUAAGCUCAAUGUUAGAUAUAUCCUUUGCUUACAGCCAAAACGUUAUGGGCAUCAAAUAAUAAGGGGUGAGAGCUUGAAAUGGGUACGAGCCUCUUUAAACUCCCUAAUUAUGCAUUACUUUAGAGGCAGCAGCUCUCACAGUGGUAACGUCUUUACAUUUUUUUUUUUCGUACGUUUGACUUUUGCUAAGAAUAUAGAGUGUUUUCACAUGACAUCAAGGCGGCAAUAUUGGUGUUCCAAAACAAUGAAGCGACGGCCAUGGUGAUGUUCCAAACCGUUCCUGCAGGAAUUGAACUCUUUUCUUAUGUAAAUGCUGUCUCUUGUUUAAAUUUGUAUAGUUGCUGGUAACGUGAGUAAAAACGCUCUAAAAAAAAAACAACGACUAGAAAAUAAAUUCUCUAUGCUAAAUUACGUGAAUUUCUUUCAACCCCCGGACUUACAAGGGAAAGGGGGUGGAUGUCACCUCCUUUAAGGUUUUUUUUUUUUUUUCUGAGGAUUUUCCUAGUUUUUCAAGACGAUUAAAGAUUAGCACUUGAAUUUUUCAGUAGCUGUUCGUUUUAAAAUCUCUCUCGAGCAUUUUGAUACAAGUUUACUGAUGGUCAGUUACUGUGGUUACAGAUAUGACGUCAUAAGUACCAGGUGGUCAAGCUAUUUUGGAGUGAAAAUACAUUUUUUUUUUCAACUUCUUUCAACGAUAAAGUAAAUCUUGUAGAUAAAAUGAAGUGAAUUGCUUAUUCAUGUGUUAUUCUGAUAGAUAAUGAGCAUGUCAAACACAAACAAUUACCAAUUCGCGCCGUUUUCACGUGACUUCUAAUUCUUAGUAAAAUGCAAGAUCGCGGCCAAGAUGGCAACCAUGUUUCGUAACAUCACAGGCCUCCAUCAGGGUGACCAUCGAUAAAAUAUACCUUAUCUUGUAGGGAAGAUCAAAGACUUUCUACUGAGGGUAAAUUUUUUUCGAAAUACUGCAACAUAUACAAACUCUAGGGAGAGGUUCCAUUAAUCCAUUCCCCUUGCACCAUGGGGGGUAUCACUUUACGUAUAAAUCCGGGAGUUAAAGGAAAUGUAAACUUUAAUGAACUGUAAACUUAAAUGAGCAAGCGUUAUUUUCAUAAAAUGACCGUUUACUAUUUUUUUUUAACCUCUACGUACUUCAUUACUUAAUUCUAUGAAAUUUAUAUUUCUCUUUGUCAUUUUUACCGCCUGCGCCAGAUCGAUCGAUUCCCAUUACAACAGACCUUCCACACAGGACUGACAUUUCGUAUUUGUAGAAUACUUCAUGAUAGUUUUGCACGUACUGUAUUUACGCACAUGUUAGUGACGUAUCAGAAAUCGAACGAGUGAGCGCAGCGAACGAGUGAGAUUUUUUGAUACAAAAACAAGGAUAGAAAGCGCUUUCCAUGUAGUGUUGCUUUUGCUAUGUACAUCCUUUUUUAGUGAUCCUUUGAACCUUUGUCUGGAAUUGUAUUUUGCUUUUUUAUUAUUUCUAGAUUAUGAAGCUGACAAUGAAGCUAAAGCAAUGUUUGGUGAUUCAGAAGAAGAUGGUAAGGGCAACUGACAAUCGUUUCUAUUUUGUCAGUUAAUAGUUGUGGGAUAAAAGACUUCUAUGGGUCCUACAACCACGAGUUAUUUGUGAUUUGGGUCUUCAUUGGCCAGUUUACAGCCACACGAACCCACAAUGUGCAAAACUUCGGCACAUUCAGAAUGACGCAAUAACUGUGCUACAAUUAGAAAUUCUAAUAAACUUGAGCAAUUUUUCAAAAGGGUACUUACAAGUUAAAUCGUUUUCAUCGACAUGCAUGUAUGUUGGCUAUGUGAUGAUUGUCAACUUGUAAAAAUUACCGUUGUGCACCAUAAAGUGCAAGGACGUAAAGGUAGAAGAAGUCAGAGUCAAAUAUGCUUCUUUUCUUGCACCUUGUCGUGGUCAUUAUCCUUUGACCUGGAGGGGGAGGAAGAGCAGAUAUCCAUGUAGAAGCAGGCAAGUUUCGAUGACACCCGGCUUAACACAAGCUGGUUCGCACACAUCCUGACAAACAUAAAUCAGGAUCGAAACGCCUAAAUGGCGUCAGGACAGAAAUAAUCACAGCAAACUCAAUAGUUAUUGUGCUGCUCACAUGGGGGCUUGCAGCAUUGAGGUAUAGAAUGGAGAUAAUUGGCUUAGCAUUUUUUUUAUUUGUUUGUUUAUUUAGCUUUCUUUCUUUUUGCACAAAUUUACCCCAUUCAACGAAUACGUUUCAUGACUUCUUCAGUAGCAGAAAAACACACGUCGAUAUAUAACCUUUUAGUUCUUAUAAACAAACUUAGUCAUGUGCUUUCGUUAUUAAUUCAUUCAGGUGAACCGGAGGAUAUUGUGGAUGAAGGUAACAUUUUGAACAGUUAUCAUUCAACAGUUAUCAUUCAAACGAGCAAAUUGUGUGCAAAUGAUAUGUUUUCUGAAUUACCUCCAUUUGCGUUUAUUAUUGUUAUAAUUAUUAUUAUUAUUAUUAUUAUUAUUUGUUUUUGUAUAUAUCCUUUAGAGUGUGCUUAAAAUGGUCCAGGCAAAGCAGGCGCGAGAAGAUAAACUUUACUCAACUAAGUAGCUUUGUGCGUCCAAUUGUAUAUCGGCCUUUAAACUGAUUGAAAAUUUAUCACAUCGAAAACAGGACGCAGUGCUUAACUUUUUCUAUGUAUUUACAAGUACAGGCUGUAUGUAAAUACUUGAAGUCCUUCACUUGGACUGUAUGUAUCUAUUUAUUUAGUCUUUUACAAUUGCAAAAGAUGGGAAGUAAGUUUCAUCCUUUGCAUUUGAAUUUUGCUCUGUAUAUUUUAUGAAUUGAGCACUCCUAGGAUAAGUGAAAAUAUAUAUGUAUAUAUAUUUUUGGUUCACUUAAUUUAGUGUUUCAUUCAUUUUUAUUCCUCCUCAGACAUUUCUGAUGUCGUGGUAUCUGAAACUGGUAGGUAUUGUUUGUUUGUUUUUUUCUUGCAGGUUUACUUUGUUGAUUUUGUUUGUGUUCGUUUGUUUGUUUGUUUGUUUGUUUUUUUUUUGGCAAAGCUUUCGGUUAAAAAACUAUAUUGUCUAUUUGUACUCCAUUUAUCAUUUAUCAUUCAGUACUAAACAUGAUACAUGUUAAUAUUGAUAUGGUUAGAAUACUUACAUGAUUACGACAGUGGACGUAAGAAAAUUUUCCAUUUGUUCCAAAUUCAUUCUUAGAUGAACCAGUUGACCAAACAGAUGAAGAAAGUGGUGAGUUUUUAUCCACUUACGUGUAUUAAUUACCCUUAACAGUCCAUGUCCCAAUUUCAGUGGGAACAAAACUCAAGAAAUGCAGCUAUUUCCAUUGCGGAAAAAAUUGAAUUAUCCAAGAAUGAUUCAAAAAGUAAAUAUUUUGUAGGCCUCGUUCAGCUGUUUAGGAUAAAAAUAAACUGUUAAAUGAAAGUGCGAGAGCUACUGGCAAAUAUCAUCUAUUGUAUGUAGUAAAAUCGUUCACCUUAAUUCCACACCAAAAGAGUCACAUGGAAUUUUUUAUUAAUUUUGAUUUAAAGCUGCAAUAUUCGUCACAUUUGUUGAAACAAUAAUCACGUUACGCCCUCGCCAAUUUUGAUUCACCUAUCACCCAUUUGCAAAAAAAACGCUAAUCUCAACAUUAGAAAAGGAAAGAAGAAGUACAAACAGGGAAAGUUAGAUAAUUUAGUUUAGAAGGCGUGACAUGAAAAAAAACCUCACUUUCAGUCUAGUGUUCCAACGAAAUUUGAUGAGUAUUGUAUUCGGUUGCUGGCUACAAAAAAGUAGUUUUUUUUGCGUGGAUCCCUCUUAGUUUAACGGGUUAAAACCAUGAUUAGGGCACUUGUUGGACACAAACUGAGUUAGAGAAGUUCAAUGGCCGGCUCUUUUUAUGGAUAUUAUGAUAAAAUGGACUAAGAACAUGCGUUUGAACAUGUUUAAUUUAUUUUAUUAAUUCAUUUUAUCAUUAUUAUUAUUAUUAUUAUUAUUAUUAUUUGUUUUAAUGAAGAAAAAGGUUCACUUGUUGUUUUGAGGAAUGAAAUUUACAAUAAACUAUUCCCUCGCGUACACAUCUAAAGCAGAAGGUUUUGCUUCCAGAUUUGUAGAAUAUAUGCCUAAUUACAAUCAGAACAGAUAUUACUACUAUUAUUAUUAUUAUUAUUAUUAUUAUUAUUAUUAUGUUAUAUAUACAUGUAUCCGAUUCUGGAAAACGAGCAUAACUAAAUUUACAGCCAUUUGUAUAAAAAAAAAGAGCCCAAAGGCAGAAAGAGCGAGGCGCACGAAAGUAGGAUAAGAGAAAAAACAAACAAACAAACAAACAAACAGACAAACAAUGGUUACAUUCUUAGUUUUUAUUAUAAUUAGGCUACUUUGGAUUUCUUCUAUUUGUAGUUUUUGGCCGAAUAAAAAAACUGUUUAACUAAAGAGGUCUAUUUGGCGCUAAAAGUUUUCAAACAUCAUGGUAAAUAUACAAGUUACAAAUUUAUAGCCUCUAUAUGUUUCUAAAUACAAGACUUUCAAUAUUUCGUUUCUAGAUGACACCGUGGGAGAUCUGAAUAUGCAAGGUGUGUAUUUGGGCUGUGUAUAAAAGAGAUAUUCAUUUAUUUAUUAUUAAUUUUGUUAAUUUCAGGAAGAGUUUUGCUACUUUGUAUUUAACGAAUCUAUUUAGCAGUCUAUGUAAAUACGGGAAUUCUUGAUAUGUUAGAAAACUUAGACCACCGCAUCGGCCUUUAAACUUUACUAAGAUAGCUGUUUUAUUAUGCAAGAAUAUGGCAAAAAGGACUAUUUCGAGGAAAACGGAAGAGGGCUCCCCCCCCCCCCCCCCAAAAAAAAAAAAGAAGAAGAAGAAGAAGGUACUGUCUUCAUAUUCGCAACCUUAUUUUUGUCAUUAUUCGAACAAAAGAUCCACGGCGACGUAGAAGAUCUAGAAGACCUCGUGGAAGACGGCAACGAGGAAGACGACGACGUAGACAACGUGGAAGGCAAAGGAGGCGUGGACGAGGACGUGGAGGACGUGGGAGACGUCGUAGACGAUCUAGGCGACGUAGAAGACCUACUCGUAAUCGAAAAGGUGGGAGGCGAAGACGAUUAAGAUCUGGAGGUCGCAGACGAAGGAACAAAAGUGAGUAUGGAGGGAAAAUAUUUUUGGAAUGUAAACUAGCUUUCAUUCAAACUAUAACGAUAAGCCAGGUUCACACGUGCAACGUAAUUGCAAACGCAAAUGCAAAUGCACACGCAAGCAAAUAAGCAAAUACACUGGCGACACACAAACAAAAAUAUUUCACUAUAUAAUGCCAGUUUGAUUGACUGAUUUCAAUUUAUAAGUUUUACUGUGAGCAAUCUCUGGAGUGUCCAUCGACUAAAUCUCGGUCCUGCAAUUUGGGAUGAAAGUGCCUGGCACGUAAGCGAUAUUCGUUAUUUUCUGUAGGUUCAGGUUGCAUGUUUUUUUUUUUUUUUUUUUUUUGCUAGAUGUCCUUACAGGAUUUCGCAAAUAAAUUAUGUAGAUGUAGAUGUAGAUGUUCACGGAGUACGAUGCACGUUCACCAACAAGUCCGUCCAUCUUGGUCAGCUCACGUUACGGCACUAAUACUGAUAAAUUAUUACACUAAUAUGUGAUCUUUUAUCCCGUUGGUUUUGUCUUUUUUUCUAGGUAGAUCUCGGAGACGCUGCUUUGCGCAGAUUUGCUCUAGCCAUACUCGUAACAGGAUAAGAGGAUCGGAUGCACACGGAAGCGGAGCGUGGGGAGCACCACGGUAAAGUUCCGGACUUUAAUUAAAUACAUCUGGUUAAAUUGCCCCGCGCGGGAGGACGGGGGGCGGCGGGGGGGGGUGAGGAGGAGAGGGUACUCUCUUUGUAUUUGGCUUGAUUUGGCCUAUAUCGGAAUGAGCGCUUGACAGGGUGUAGGGUACACAAUUUCACUGUUAAACAUCUUGAAAAGGGUGUAUUUUGGGACUUGAGAGAUUAAAUUGGUAGAAUCAAAAUCGUUUUCUUAAAAAAAAAAGAAAAUAUGUUCCAUGAUGUUAGUUUUUAAAAUAUAUCCAAUUCUGGACGUAAAACGAAACGAAUCAGGGUCCUUAUAUAAAGCUGCUUGUCUUAAACGGGGUAUCGAAAUAAAGAAAAAUAUAUAUUUGUCUUGAACAGAGGAGGUACACCUCUAUUCAAACUUCCUUUCAGGGCGCUUGGUGGGCUAAUCUGACACAGGAAUGACCCUAUGAUAAGCCAUGAUAAGCACCUCAACUAUAGGUGACCCAAGCUCGAAACAGAACCGACCAUCGACAUUGGACGUAGGAUGUAUAGCCUUGGGAAUAAGGAUCUAAAUGUGGGGGGGGGGGGGGAGAGUCGAUUGUUUGUAUUACGAAUGUGAAGGGAUUAAAAGAAAAUAGACGUGUGCUUUUUUGAGCCAUUUUAUGGAUUUUGUAACGUUUUAACCGGUUUUGUGCUCUCUAUAAUCUGUUAUAUUAAUCUUCACUAUUGAAAGUACAUAACCGCACCUUUAGCCCGGUAUACUAGUAAAUACAGAUAGUACCGACGUAGACUAAAGCCAAAGUGCAGCAAUGGGGCACCACAAAAGAAGGGGUGAGAGCUUUAAAAAUGGGUGCCAACCUCCUUAAACUCCUAAUUAUGUUUUAUUGUAGAGGCAGCCGUACUCACAGAGGUAUUGACGUCAUAUGUAAUGCUGGUUCCUCUGUUUAUGCACCUUUUUCUGCUAAAGUGAUUAGAGAAAGCAGACCUUAUGGAAACGGCAAGCCGCAUGACACUGGUAUUUAUAUGGAAGGAACUGGAGAUUGGACCGGUAAAUAUUUUUUAAUAUUUGAUGUUAAUGAGACUAAGUGAAGUUCAGUUUGGUCGUAAUCAAGUUCGUGUGAUUAUUUAUGAAAUCGUCCUUCUUGACUUGAGCAGUAAUCGAAAACAAAUCGAAGACUACUCAUCAAAGUUUGAAUCCAAUAUUUUUUCACUGGUAAUCUUGAUUAGAAGUAAUUACUGAUGCUGUUUCUUAUUUAGGCUAUGCUGUAAUGAUGUUUUACGUGACAAAAGGGAUCGGCAAUGGUGCCUCCGUUUCUGCACGAGGGCGGAUUGGGUCCAUGACUAACAUGGCCGCUCAAUAUUCUCGGGGUAUGACAAAUCACAUCCACGUGCAGCUUUACAGGAAUGGGGGAAUAGUGAAUCCGACACCUUACCUAAACUGCUGA